UAAUAGCCUUAAAAUCGUUUAGUGCCCUGAAUCUCGGCCACCUUGGCCAUGCCUGAACGCUCCAUAACACUGUAUACCAAGGAAAUUCACACAUUGUGCGCGCUUCAGAAAAUAGUCAUAGAGUAAAGAUAUUGUAUCUCUCCUCUAUGAAAAUAGUUUCUAUCGACCGUUGGUACUUUUACUAUAUGGUUGGUGCUACUGCUAUUUGUUUGAACAAGUUAGUUUCUUUUGAAUGUUUGCGAUCCUGUACAAUGUAAAUUUGAUUUCGUCAACUUUUGUCAAAUUUAAAUCUGGGGGUCUGAGAUUGACGAAUUUUGUUCUAGCUUUAUACAGACUAUAAGUUGUUUAAUAACGCUUAACAGUUGCAUAUAAGUUCAUGAACAGAUGCGAUAAAAUUUGUGCCGAGUGCAACAUAACAUACAGGAAUCACGCAUAAAAUGGGUGUGAAAGAUCUUUGGUCUAUUCUUUCACCAGUAUGCGAAAGGAAAUCCCUUUGGGAACUUCAAGAUAAAACAAUAGCCAUUGAUCUAAGUUGUUGGAUAUGUGACAGUCAAAAUAUCAGUGAUUCUAGAACACAACCGAGGAUGUACCUAAGGAAUCUUUUUUUUCGAGCAAAUUGUCUUCUUUUUCUUGGAGCUCGGCCAGUGUUUGUACUUGAAGGUCAAGCUCCAGAGAUAAAAUACAAUAAAAUGAAUAAAAGAAAAAAUGCAAGAAAUUUUGGGGAUCAUUCGAGUCAGACAGAAGCGCUGCAAAAUGGGAAGCGGUCCAGAUUACAAGGGCUGUUGAAUAAGUGCCAACAGCUUCUCAACAUCAUGGGAUUAUCAUGUGUCAAAAGUUCAGGAGAGGCAGAAGCAUUUUGUGCAGUUCUCAAUCGCCUUGAGUAUGUUGAUGGAUGUAUUACUCAGGAUGGAGAUUGUUUUCUUUAUGGAGCUCAAACAGUAUAUCGCAACUUUACAAUUAGUUCUUCUGGUGGCAGCAGUGGUAGUAAUGCAGGGUUUAGUAUUGAUGUUUAUAAAAUGUCUGUAAUUGAAGAAAGGUUGACCUUGGGGCGGAAAGAUCUUAUUGCUAUUUCUCUUCUUUGUGGAUGUGAUUAUAAUGAAAAAGGAGUUUCUGGUAUUGGGAAAGAGACAGUGUUAAAAUUUUUGAGUGGCAUGAAAGAAGAUGAUAUUUUAAAUCGCUUAAAAAAAUGGCGUACAGAUUCUUAUUUUGAUGACCUGGAAAAACAAAGAUCUUUGGUAACAAAAGGAGUGUUGUGUGAAAUAUGUGGUCAUAGUGGCAGAAAAAUUAAACACACAAAAAAUGGCUGUGAACUUUGUGGAAAGUUACAAGGUUGCAACCAAAAUCCUACUUUUCUACUUUCAAAUCCGACUAUUGUAGCUGAACUUAACAUCCGGCGAAGAGCAUUACUUGACCCUGACUUUCCAUCACAGAUAAUGAUUGAUGAAUUUUUAACUCAAGAUUUGCCCACAACUGAUUUUAAAUUUGACACUAAGUGGAAGAAACCUGAUCUUCAGUCUUUCAUCUUAUUUGCAAGUAAGCUGCUUGGAUGGACUGAGGCCUAUGCACUUAAAAAGUUUCUGCCUUUAAUAACACGAUGGCAGAUCGUGGAACUCCAAAAGAACUUCCAUAUGCAAUCAAAUUUGAAAUUUUCUUUUUCUCCAAAACACAUAGUUAAAAAGAGAGUGUGUCGGGGAGUUGAAAGUUAUGAAAUUAAUUGGCUAGAUGUUGAAGGUAUAGUAACACAAAUAGAUCCAAGUAUGUUGAUUGUAACAGUAGAACCCAAAAAUUUAGUCGAAAAGGCCUACCCCGAGCUAGUUGAAGCUUAUGAAACAGCAAAAAACAUUAAAAAUAAGAAAGUAAUCUCAAAGAAGAAGGAAAGUUGUGCUUCCGAUGCCAAGAAGAAAACUGUUUUGAAAGGAAUAGAAAAUGAUUUGAAGAUUUCAGGAAAACAGAUGAAAAUCAAUAGGUUUUUCAAAUCUCCAUUGUCAAAUGAUGUACAGAAAAGGCGCUGUGUGCUUGGAGAACAUACAAACAUCAGAGGUAUUGAAUCACCACAGGUGUUGAACAUCAAGCGAAAGGAAACAGUCUCCGUGAAGAGACUUAGUGAAUGUAUCUCAGAAAUGAAAUUAGAGACCAAAGCUGAGAAAUAUGUCAAUGCAGAAAGUGCAUCAACUGAAUUGAAAAAUUUUAGGUUAUCUCACAGUUGUAAUCAUAAAAAAGAAAAUACUUGUGAUAAAAAUUUUAACACUUCAAUUUUUUGUGAUAUUUGUGAAUAUUGUGCAGAAGAUGAUCCAGUUGAAGAUUUAUCUCUUAUAGUUGAUUCUAUUGUCAAUAAAAAAAGUUCUUGUAAAAUUGAAAAUGCACUGCUGGAUGAUUCUGCUCAAUAUGGUAAACAAUCAUCAGAAUGUGUAGUGCAAAAGAAAAAUGAGAGUCUUGAUGAAUUCGAUUUUUUGGAAAAUGAUUACAUUCCUCUAAUUGACCGCAUUAGGUCACAACUUUAACGUUUUGUUAAAAAAAAUUUACAUUAAAAUAAUUUGUAAACAUAUUUUAUAUUAUUUUAUGAGCAGUAGAACUCUCAAUAAAAUACUGCUGGGAGUUUCUGAGAUUUUUUUUAUUAAAAAGGCUGUGAAAUAAGUUAAUUUCAUUUUUCUUAAUAUACGUUUACAUUAUGUACAAUACUGGAAAAUUUAACUCUUAAAAACUAAAGUGGUUUGCCUAAGUAGUUUUGUUUGCAUUUCGACAGAAAAUAAGUGUUUUUUAAAACUCUUGACAUAAACAGUAGUAUUCCACAUGCAUAACUUAGUCAAGAAGUUCAGGAACUCCACAAAAAGUCACAAAAUUUACACUUUGGAGCACAAACAAAAAUUAAAGGACUUUUUAAUUCUCCAACAAGGAAAUGAAUCUGAGUGAUGAGCAGUCAGCAGAGCAUGAAGUCCUCUCCAAAUUUCUUUCUAUAUUAAUACUAGUGUGGAAAGGCUUCACAGCAAGGAAAAGGGAAAACGGCAAAAUAUUUGUAAUUGUACCACAAAUUCCUUAGCAUAUUUUAUUAACUAGGCAAAACUUUGUACAGGACCAAAGGAGUGUUUGUUAAUAGGCUUUUAACAGUUGCAUUUUUGCUGCUAAUUGUACAGCUCCAUUUUUGGGAAUAAAAUAAUUUAUUGUCAUUCUGUCUCUGUUGAAUGUUAUUUUCAUUUUUAUCUUAAUUGCCAGAAUAUGUUAUUGAUCAGGAUUUAAUUAGAUGUGCUGUAUUGUAUUUAUUUAUGUUGAAAAAAGAAGUAUCAUCUUGAAAGAUAAAGUUUAUUAAGAGCCAGACAUCAGACUGUGUUAUUGGAUGCAUAUGUAUCUACAGAAAAAUUUGAUUGAUGAACUUUUUAAAAUAUUACAUGGUUUUCAAUAUUUUUGUGGGAGCUAGAUACUUUUUUACACGCAAUAAAAUUAAAUUUUAAGGAGAGAUUUCUUUAAUUUAGUACAGAGAAUGGUUGCUUUGAGCAACAAUAAUAAGCUUGAAAGGCCUAAAUGACCUUCAUUUAUAGACAAAAGUAAGUUGCUUAUUUUGUUAUGCGUUGAUUGAAUAAUAAAGCAUUUUUUUAUUUAUUGUACACUCUUUUAACUCAAGUAGCAUGAUCUCCAAAUAGGAAUCAAGAACGUUUAUUAUUACUAUGCUAUUCAGGAUUUUUUCAGUCAUAAUGUAAGACCGAAUUUUCAUGCAGUAAAAUGUACAGAAAAAAACAAGCAAAGAUAUUCAAUAAAAAUACCAAAACUUUGCAAAUGAUGUUAUGUAGCCAACAAAACUCCACUCAAUCCACUUAUAAAACUUAUUUUACACUUUGGUUUAGAAUUGAAAGAGAAUAAAACAUGAUUUUAUAAUUAUUAUAUUAUAAUUAAGUUUGUACAUGUUAUUAGGACAAAUCCUGUUUUAAAUAAUAUACACAGAUAAAUAUAUUAGCAUGAAAAUAAAUACAAGCACUGCUUGAUACGAUCGCGAACGUGCCAUAUCUAGUGGCACGACCAAGAAAGACGCGAGACGCGCUACAGUACCGAAGUGUAAGAGAGGACGAAAACUGCGUUCAUUCUCUGUCGUAUCUUCCAGGGCACACAUCCGUUCUGGGAAUUUCGAUGAAUUUGACACGUAUUAACGCAGCUUGCCACUAAAGUGCGUCCAAGCAUUUGAUUGCUUAUGGAGAACAGCGUUUCCACUUCUCAGUAUCACUCGCCGUGCUGGUUAUUCGGGUUGACAUGAAACUUUACCAGCUUCUUCAAAACCUUUCACGACGUGCUGUCUGUUGACCGCGCACCCCCGUUAUCUGCCUAUCUGUCGUCAGGGUCUCAUGUGCCUCAAAGGGCGUAGUGUUACAAACGGGUGUUUAGUAUUUACUAAGCUGUCUGGAUGACGCCGCGUCCAUGGCGAAGGUGCCAACGUUUCGGUCGCCAUUCUGCG